AUGCUCAAAACAUCAACAACAACCUUGGAAGGUUCCGAUUCUCCUGUUACCGUUCAUUCUCAAUCAUCGGAUGCUCCUCUGAUAGUUCCAGCAACGACAUUGGAAGAUGGACUCUAUCAAAAGAAUGUUACGAGUGGUGAUGAUAAAUUGAACACGUUCAAUUAUUCCUCCUUAUUGGACGGAGCGAGAAUACCUACUCAUAGACCUCUCGGAGAUUCACGAUUUAGGGAUUCCUCAAUGCUAAAGAGUAAACAUUAUGCACCUUUGCUGAAAUCGGGAGCUACUCUCAUUCAUGAAAAACAAAAAAGACAAUUUUGUGCCAAACAUUCUAUUAAUAACUUAUUACAAGAUCGUGCAUCGACUCAAGAGUUUGAUCAUAUUGCUGACUCAAUAUUUGAAAAUGAGAAACAAUUAUAUUAUGGUAGUAUCGAAAGCUCAUCACGAUUCAGCAUAUGGCUCAAAAAGAAAACGAUGAAGAAUUUUCACAAGAGAAAAGUUUUGUUUUUUGGAAGUUUUGGAAAUUAUUCAUAUGAAGUUGUUGAAAUGAUUUUGAGAAAAAAGAAUUUAAGCCUUGUUAGUGUGAAACUGAGCUCACUUCGAAAUAAUAUUCAUGCUGAAGAUAUUUGGGAUUUAUCAAAUCCUACAGUUAUUGGUUUACUCUGUAAUUUACAACAAUAUUCGUACGGUCAUGCAACGUGUUGUCUUCCAUUUCUCUCUAGAAGAUACUCUAAAGAACGAAGACCAGUGUCAGGACAUUGGUGGUCUCUCGGAAAAGUCAUUCUCCAACAUGACACCACCGGUGAAGAACGAGAGGUGUGGUACAAUCAUGACAGUAAACUAUCAGCUCCAGAACAAUUGCCCAUACUCGAAGAUGUCUAUCGAACCAUUCAAAAGAAUUAUUUGGAAAUGGGUGAUGAUUUAUUGGUAUGGAAAAUUGUCAAGGAUGAGUCAUCCUCUCAACAAGAUCUCACUGGUUUCAGCGAUCGAUAG